AUGAGCUUCAUCCGUAGCUCAAGUGCCACCAUGAACUCUAUAAAACACAUCAAUUUCGUAAACGAUAUCCGCAGAGUGGAAAACCGUAUAACUGCUGAAUUGUCUGCUAUCAAAAGAUCACGGCGAAACUCAAGCGCUAAUACCGAAUUGCUACAAAAAAUCAACGAUCUCGACCGCAAUAUAAGCCUAAUGGGCUACGAAGUUCGCGACAUCAAAAAUGAUGUUGGCAGUCGCGACAGUAAUUCCGGCUCUCGACAGUCCAAGUCUAAUAGAAUACCUCAAGAUUACUCCGGCGAUAUUCAAACUCUCUGGCAAGAUUUCGAUCGCCUAUUCAAAGAAAAACGUCGACUAGAGAAACGAACCGAGUCCUCAAUGUAUUCCAAAAUUUCAGAAGAAAUAAGGGAGCUGGGCCAGCGUCUUGGAGAUGCGACUAUCCGGAAAUUUCACAAACGUUUAACCCGUAAUCCCACGGAUGAAACCAUAGAAUUUAUUAGGCUAUGGGUUGAUAAUGAACGAGAAUUAGAUACAGAGGUAGAAGAGGAGGAAAAUAGUGAUAACGCUGGACCUAGCAGGACGAGAGAAUAG